AGCAUUCGCGAUAAGGGCGCAAAACAUGGCACAACACAGAUUAGGAAGGAGACGCACAUGGAACCGGGGAGGGAGAUAAUCCCGUUAUCUCGCCGGACGUGCGAUGCCAGGGUGCAGACGUCCUCAGAGACCGAGAUGAGCUGAACGCGAACUAACGCUGCGGGUCGAGACCGACGCAAUGUAGCGGAUUGAUGAGCGCGGCGAGCUAGUCGGCUAACCGGGGGUCUCAGGCCGUUUUAGCCGAGUGACACAGCGUACUCGAUGUAAGAUGAACACUGAGGACAAGUUGGACGGGAUGCUGCUGAAGUGCAGCAGCGGAGGAAUCGACGCGGGGGGCAGGAUCUGCCUGGGCGCCGGAGGACUGGUGGUGAUGACCCUCGGGGAGCGAUCGCUGGCGAACCAGCCCCUGCUCGCCGAGGACGACGACGACGACGAAGACGACGAGGACUUGACCGGGAGCUCGCUGGUCACUCACGACCUGGUCCCUCCGCAGCAGCUGAUGAUGCAGGAGGAAGUGACGAAGAACGGGGCAGACGGAUUAGAAGAGGAAGGAGGAGGCGGCGACGUUGGAGUGCAUUUCCCCCUAAAACUCACCAAUAAGUUUCCCUACUCGCUUCAUAUGCCCCUGAGCAUCAAGCAGGAGCUGAAGCUGUCUGACCCCGCGGCCCAUCUGAAGAAGGACAAAAAGGCAAUUAAGGACCUGGCCGUGUACCCCAAGAAAAAGAAGAGGAAGCAGCGCUCGCCCGCAAAGAUCCUCGGCAUGAAUGACGACGGCUCUGUGGCCGUACCCAACCCAAAGUGUCACGUCUGUGUCCACUGCAAUGCUGCGUUCAGAACGAACUACCACCUGCAGAGACAUGUCUUCAUUCACACGGGCGAGAAGCCCUUUCAGUGCAGCCAGUGUGACAUGCGCUUCAUUCAGAAGUAUCUCCUGCAGAGACACGAGAAGAUCCACACCGGUGAGAAGCCUUUUCGCUGCGAUGAGUGCGGGAUGAGGUUUAUCCAGAAGUAUCACAUGGAGAGACAUAAGAGAACUCACAGUGGAGAGAAGCCCUACCAGUGUGACUACUGUCACCAGUACUUCUCCAGAACGGACCGGGUUUUGAAGCACAGGCGAAUGUGUCACGAAAACAGAGAGAGGAAGGCGAACAAGGCCGCUGGCAAAGCGGGGCCUUUGUGCGACGCCGAUUCCUCGGGCUCUCCCUUCCUUCCCAAAGAGUGCUGCCUGCCCAAGAAGAAGCGGCAGAAGUGCGCGGAGAAGAGCGCCGGCUCCUGCGGCGCCGUCCUGACGGAGGCGUUCGCCGCGGACGACGGCGAAGAGAAGGAGGGCCAGAGCCGGGACAAGAUGGAAACGCCGUGCUUGUUCGCCGUGUCGUCCAAGGUGAAACACGAGUACGUGAUCCCCGACUACUCGGUGGAGCUUCCCGAGGAGACGGCCAGCCAGCACGAAGAAGACGGAGACGCGUCGUCGGAGGACGCGACGCCGCCAAAGAUCGUCCUGAAGAAAGUCGCCAAGAGGAGCCUUAAAGAGCCCAGCGAGCAAACGCCGCCCUGCCUGUCUUCCUCCCUGUCCUCCUACGAGGAGCCCGACAAGGUCGCCCAGUACACCUUCGAGAUCGUGGACAAGCAGGGCCUUCUGGACGCGGCGGCCAACGCCGACCUGGAAGCGGUCGAGACCCUUCAGGGGGCGGCGGCCAAACCGGCCGCCAGCAGCACGAACUACGACGACGCCAUGCAGUUCCUGAAAAAGAAGCGCUACCUCCACGCCGCGAUGGCCAACAGCGGCCGGGACUACGGCGUCGCCCCGCAGCCGUCCGUCGCGCCGACCGCGGUGUCGACGGCGAUCGACGAGACCGUGCCCGCCACCAUCCUGGAGCCCCAGCCCAUCGGCGGCGAGAUCAAGGCGACGCACGAGAAAAGCGUGCUGCCCGACGAGGUGCUCCAGACGCUGCUGGAGCACUACUCCAACAAGUCCAACGGGCAGUCCGACAUCUCCUUCACCGUGGCCGACGCCGAGGUGACGUCGAGCAUAUCCAUAAACUCCUCCGACGUCUCGGACGGCAGCCCCGUGGAGAGCGUCGGCUCCUCGGGCGCCCAGGCCCCGCCGCCGGCGGAGAAGGUCAGCCUCCUGCAGGAGUACUCUAAGUUCCUCCAGCAGGCUCUGGAGCGGACCAGCCAGAACGACAGCUACCUGACCAGCCAGAGCCUCAGCCUGGUGUCCGAAAACGCCACGCUCGCCGGACAGCCGCUGUUCUCCAACGAGAAACAGUUCUCCUCCCCCAGCAGGUUCAAAUCAGGGAUGAGCUCUCCGCUGAGGUCCGCUCUGGAGAAGCCUCACUUCGGGCUGCUGGUGGGAGACUCCCAGCACUCGUUUUCCUUCUCGGGCGACGAGACCACGCCGCCCUCGGCCGUGUCGCCGGCCGACGAGGACUUCCUGGGGCAGGUGUCGCCCUCCAAGAAGGCCGACUCGGCGCCGGGCAUGCUGCAGACUUUCCAGAUCGGCCCCUUCGAUCAGAACUUCAAGUCUCAUUUCCAGGCGGCGAGAUCGGCGCCGUCCUCGCAGUUCGUCGCCGUCGCCGCCGCCAACGGACAGGCGGGCGUCCGGGGCCACGGCGCCGACUUCUCAGAGUUCCCUUUAGUCCGAGUCACUGAGGCCAGGGUUCAGUUGAACUCGUCCCCCGACGUUUCAACCAGCGAGUCGUUCGGCUGAAGGGAAGCGCGGGGGAGAGGAGGACUCAUCUGUUCGUUUUAGCAGCACUUUAUUUCAUUCGUCUUUUUUUUUUUUCUUCUUUUUGCCAAAACUAUUCACAACGCAAUCAUGUUUUCUUUUCUUUUUUGUUUAAAGUGGUUUGAAAAAUCUUCCUUUCUGUUUGGGUUCUACUCGAGCCCCUCAUGACGUAUGAACAGUAACUCAUGAGCUCGUACUGUGUAAAGCAUUUCUAUCCGAAUCGAAGCAGUUUUCUGGAAUGUACACUAGGAGGUUAAGUGACCAAAGUGUAAUUAUUCUCCUGUUUUUUUGUUUUUUUUCGCCGCCAGAGAGUUUACGUUUAACGUGGGUGUCGGUUUGCCUUGCUCGAACAAUAAUCAACUCUUGCUGCUUAAUGCAAUAUUGCCACUUUUUUAUGCAUCAGUCAGCCAGUUAAGUUAUGACUUUCAGAAAAGUAGAUCUUUAAGCUCCAUUGAUUGUUGUUUUGUUUUUUUUGUUUUUUCGGUGCUUUGCUGGAUGUCUGGGGGGGUUAAGAGGCUAAGCGGACGUCUUGUGCCGUUUGGGUGUUAAGUGACAUACAGGAGCAUCUCAGUACUUUGAAAUUGCACUGAAAAGUUCACUGGUGUCAAUGAUUAUGGCUCAUUAAACCGCGUAAAUUUACUGGAUUAUUACGUAUAACUGGUUUAAAAAAAGGAUUUUUAAUGAAGGAAUUUCAGCCUUUUUUGAAAGUACGGUACAUGCACCCGACACUUGCUCACUACACUUUUUGGCCCCCCGCUCUACACCAAUCAGCCAAUUAUAUUUUACCUGAAGCAGUUCUAUGAUAUAAUAUUAAUAAAAUAAUAAAUAUGGUCACAACAGUGGCAUUUGUAGCAUUCGUGUCCUGGAUAUUUCAGCGUGUUAACCCCCACCCCGAGUCUUGGACAGGCUUUUCUUUACCAUCUUUCCAAAGCCUCAUUGUAAACCUUUUUUUGUUUUUUUAAUCACAUUUUUUCCUUCCACUCAACUUUCCGUUAGUAUGGUUGGUUUACUCUUCUUGUGGAGGAUGUCAGGUCAGCAGUCUUCCCCAGAGUUUACAACAUGGCCACGACAUCUCUGUAUUAAAAAUCCUUUGCAUUGGUCUUGCAUGAGAUUCUGAUUAUAACCCAUAAUCACCUAAAUUAAAAGAAAUGAAAGCAUUAAAUACAUUCAUAAAGAGCUUCUCUUUUGGAGCUGAUUAAUUAAAAUUAACUUUUUUUUUUUUGGUCAUUUUCUAAUUUACUGAGAUGCACCUGUAUUUUACUGUAAGGAUUUAUGGUUUCUCUCUCGUUUUAGCUGUCGGGGGUUCAUAAUAUCACGGCUGAUGGUUUGUACGCCUCUUUCUUUGCCUACCUCCCCUUGAUGCUUAUGUAAAAACAAAAAAAUCAUUUAUUCUACGCUAGCUCUUAAAAUACUCUUUAUGUUGAAGUCACUUUAUUCUCACCAAGCAUGGAUGGAUGUGUGUAACUAACGAC